GAUGAAUACUUUAAAUAUUCUGAUUACUCAAAAACUCUACCUGUUUUAUACAAUGAAUUACCAGAAGAUAAACAAGAAUAUAUUAAAAAUAAUAGUCAAGAUAUAAUUGAUUAUGAUACUUCAUAUCCUAUGGAUUACAUGUUUGAAACUUAG